UCAGCAACUGCUGUCAUGUUUCCCAAGAGCCUGGCAUGUGACCAUCACUGGGAUGCCACGAUACUUCCCACAUCGCGGAGGAAGCAGUGGCUGGGUGUCACAUCCAUACCAGGGUUCAGCUAUCUCAUAGAAGGGAGCCAGUCUCUUCCCUGGGCAGAGACAGGGCUGGUGGCUCAGAACCAGCUCUCAGCCCAGACAGAUCAGCUCACUCAGCAUGGAGCUAACUCUCCUUCUGCCGCUGCUGGCCACUCUCAAGAUUCUUCCCAGGCCUGUUCCCUGCAGGUGUCCCUGAGGCCCCAUCCCUGUCCCUGCACCCCCAGAAGCAGGAGUACCUUCCUGGAGACACUGUUAAGAUCAAGUGCUCUGCUCCUCCUUUGGUGGAUAGAGUUGGAGGAUUCCAGUACUACAGUGAUAUUGGAAAGGCCAUCCAGUCCUAGCUUCAUCCAGGAGAAGCCAUACCUUCAAAUGAGCCUCACAGGGCCUGAGGAUGGGGGGUCGUACCAUUGCAGAUACUGGAUAGACCAAGGCCGUUCUUGGAACAGGUCCAGCAGCAGUGACACUGUCCUCAUUAGAGUGAAAGCGCGCAGACAUUUCUGGGUCCGGGAACUGGCUGUGGGAGGGUCCUUCUUCACCAUUAAUGGCCUCAUCUUCCUCAUCUCCCACCUCUGCAUGAAGAGCAAAGGUUCCAAGGAGGAGCACACAGGUGUCUCAGACCCAUUUCAAUCAGAUUAUUACUCAGUCCCUGUUCAAUUGGUCAUUCGUCAGUCUGGUCAUUCUGCGACCGCCAAGGCAAACCACAUCUCCAGCCCCAUGUCCCGUGGGAAUAAUGAGUACCAGGAAGAGGUGUGAAGGCUCAACUACUGACUGCGAAUAUUCCUCCCCUGCCCGCGGAUGGCUGGCCAAUUCUGCAGCUCAACUGGCUCCAGGGGAGAAUGUUUUGCUCCUCAGAUAUUACAGGCAAACCAAGAUAUUACUGGUUUCAGAGUAGCAGCCGUGUUAGUCUGUAUUCGCAAAAAGAAAAGGAGUACUUGUGGCACCUUAGAGACUAACAAAUUUAUUAGAGCAUAAGCUUUCGUGAGCUACAGCUCACUUCAUUGGAUGCAUCACGAAAGCUUAUGCUCUAAUAAAUUUGUUAGUCUCUAAGGUGCCACAAGUACUCCUUUUCUUUUCAAGAUAUUACUGUGUGUCACGUUCUCUGCUACAAAUGUGGAGAAACCAGAUGGGUGUGUUUUGAAGAAAGAAGGUGACUGGAAAGAAAGAGGAAAAAAUGUAACUAAGAAAAAGAAAGAAAGAAAGAAAGAAAGAAAGAAAGAAAGUUUAUAUUCUCAUAUCUCCUCAGAUCUUCCUUCUCUCUAUAUAUUCACAGCAUAUGAAUCCCUGUAAAUUCCCCCAUCUCCAGCUUUUAAUUAAACCUUUUUUUUUAGCCCCUUC